AUGGAAUUUGGACUGAUGGUUAUCGAGCGGGACCCGGUCUCAAACGAUGUACUGCUGGCCAUGUGUGGUUUCUGUAAGGCUUUUGGACGUGAAGGGAAGUACGAUCAGCUGGUGCAGCAGGACCAGGAGUCUGGAAACGACACCAAGAAGCGGCGCAGGCGCUCGCUGACCACCACCAAGUUCUUUCGAGCCUUCCGUGUCGACAAUAUCCGAAGCCAUUUGCAGGGUGCUCACCCACGGCGCUGGGCAGAAUAUGAGACGCUACCUAAACAAGAGAAUACGAGAGCUCGCUAUCUGCAAUUGCAGGGUGAUUUGCAGACGUACGACCAUCUCCCAAUGGUAGACGACGUGGUACUCGGAGGCCCACCGCUCCAUGCAGAAUCGGACAUGGCUUACGCUCAGUCACAUGCGCAAGCUUCAGCGAUAAGUGAAGCGCAACAUGCGGCAGCACAAGGGGCACAUAAUGGACAUAUCCCCGCUGGAUUCAGUGGAGGUUGUCAAAACAGUACGCAGAUGACAGCGUCCUUGACGUACAAUGCUUCUGGAGCAGCAUCGAGUUCUGGAUCGGGGUCAGCAAACAAUCGUAACACGCAUUUCGACUAUGAAAAACAUUUGACAGAGCAGAUCGCGUUGGACCGUGAGCGGCUAGAGUUUGAGAAGAUGCGGUUUAAAAAGGAGGUCGAACUGCGCGAACGUGAGCUGGCCCUUCGAGAAAAGCACAUGCAACAACAGAUUGUCUUGCAGGAAAAAUUGUGUGAAGCAAACCGCGAGAACGCUCAGAUCGAGGGCGCCAAGUUCUACCGCUUGGCCGAAGUUUUGCGAGAUGCGGUCACAGGAGCCCAAAAUUCAUCGGAAGCGGCUUCUGUCGUAUAAAUACUGUGAAAAAAAAAGUUUUUAUUCUUUCU